GGGGAGGGAAGAGGGGAGAAGCUUCCGCCGGGAGGGAGGGGAGGCGAGGCAGGCCGGCUGGCCGGCCGGUGAAGUAGCAGCGGCAGCCCCGGGGAAGAAGAGGAGGAAGGGGGAGCCACCGUCCCCGCCGUGGGAGGCUGAGACUCUCCGGCCUGGCGGGCCCCCAGCCGCCCACCCAGCCGGCCAUGCCGAAUAAAAACAAGAAGGAGAAAGUGAGCCAGGAACCUCCGAAAGCAGGGAAAAGUGGGAAAAGUAGCAAAGAUGUGCAAGAUAAUCUGGACAUGGAGGUUGCAAGCAAAAAAUCCAGCAGCACCGUUGUACCUGCAACACAGAUAGCUAAAAUCAAAACACCUCCUGUACAACCUGUAGUGAAGAAAGAAAAACGGCAGAGUUCCUCAAAAUUUAAUCUUGCCAAUAACAGAGAACUCCAGAAGCUGCUAGCUUUAAAAGAUGUCCCCCCUGGAGAGCAAGAAAAGCUUUUUAUUCAGAAGUUGCGACAAUGUUGCGUCCUCUUCGACUUCGUUUCUGACCCACUAAGUGACCUGAAGUGGAAGGAAGUAAAAAGAGCAGCUUUAAGUGAAAUGGUAGAGUACAUCACGCAUAACCGCAAUGUAAUCACUGAGCCCAUUUACCCAGAAGUAGUACAUAUGUUUGCAGUUAACAUGUUUCGCACACUACCACCUUCAUCCAAUCCAACGGGAGCAGAAUUUGACCCAGAGGAGGAUGAACCAACCUUAGAAGCCGCCUGGCCUCACUUACAGCUUGUUUAUGAAUUUUUCUUAAGAUUUUUAGAAUCUCCAGAUUUCCAACCUAAUAUAGCUAAGAAAUAUAUUGAUCAGAAGUUUGUAUUGCAGCUUUUAGAGCUCUUUGACAGCGAAGAUCCUCGAGAAAGAGAUUUUCUUAAGACUACUCUGCACAGAAUAUAUGGGAAAUUCUUAGGCCUAAGAGCUUACAUCAGGAAGCAAAUUAACAAUAUAUUUUAUAGGUUUAUUUAUGAAACAGAACAUCACAAUGGCAUUGCAGAAUUACUGGAAAUAUUGGGAAGUAUAAUUAAUGGAUUUGCCUUACCAUUAAAAGAAGAGCACAAAAUUUUCCUUCUAAAGGUAUUAUUACCUUUGCACAAAGUGAAAUCACUGAGUGUCUACCAUCCACAGCUGGCAUACUGUGUAGUUCAGUUUUUAGAAAAGGACAGCACGCUUACUGAGCCAGUGGUGAUGGCACUACUCAAGUACUGGCCAAAGACUCACAGUCCAAAAGAAGUUAUGUUUUUAAAUGAAUUAGAAGAAAUUUUAGAUGUUAUUGAACCAUCUGAAUUUGUAAAGGUUAUGGAACCUCUUUUCAGGCAGCUAGCCAAGUGUGUCUCCAGUCCACAUUUCCAGGUGGCAGAACGAGCACUAUACUACUGGAAUAAUGAGUAUAUUAUGAGCUUAAUCAGUGACAACGCAGCAAAGAUUUUGCCCAUCAUGUUUCCAUCCUUGUACCGAAAUUCAAAGACACACUGGAACAAGACAAUACAUGGCUUGAUUUACAAUGCUCUGAAACUAUUCAUGGAGAUGAACCAAAAACUGUUUGAUGACUGCACACAGCAAUUUAAAGCAGAAAAAGUUAAGGAGAAGCUAAAAAUGAAGGAACGGGAAGAAGCUUGGGUUAAAAUAGAAAAUCUAGCCAAAUCAAAUCCCCAGUACUCAGUAUUUAGUGACACCUGUCUGGUGAGCAGUCCUGUUGCAAUGGAAACAGAUGGGCCUUUAAUUGAAGACUUGCAGGUGCUGAAAAAGGCAGUGAAAGAAGAAACUUGUCCGGCACAGAAGGAACAGAAAAAGGAUCGUGUUAUUGUGCGCCGCAAGUCCGAACUGCCUCAGGAUAUCUAUACCAUGAAAGCCUUGGAGUCCCAUUGCCGAGCUGAUGAUCUAAUAACGCAUGAUGGGCAUUAGACUAUUCAAGUGAAAUCUUAUUUGGAGGAAAACCCUUUUUUCUGGACUCUGUUCCACAGUAGAGAACUUACUUUUUUUGUGCCAUACUGAUCAGUUACACACAAGUCAAAGCUUUUCCCCCAAUCCCAUUUCUUUAGGCAAUAACUUUGAUACAGUAUGCGCAGCUCAAGAUUAGUUGUUCAAACAAUGGUAAAUUAUCUGAUUCUAUAUGCAGAACCUUGGGUUGACAAGUAUUAAACGAAGACACUUCCUUGAGGAUGUUGGCAUAGUACUAACAAGUCGGAAGCAUGCACUUUUCCCCCUCCAUAUUAUUACUGAGAGAAGAACAGCCUUGGCACAAAUCAUCACACACUGUUGCCACACAACCUCCCUAAACCUUUUUGGCUGCUCCACCUUCCCUCUUCUGUGCGGGAUGGAAAGCAGUUCUGUAUAUGGAAAAGCAUGAAACCAUAACGUUGAUCAUAUUGUUUGCAGUAUGUACACCUGUUAGACUACAGUCGGCUGCAGCUUGUGGCUCAUGUACAUCAUAUAUGUGCAGGCACACAAGAAAAUGCGUGUGUGACUGCACAUUCCUUUUAUUUUUCUUUAUAUGGAACUGCUUUCUGUGUGGGCAAAGUGGCCUUGCAUGGGUUUUCCUAAUUAGAAGCUGCAGUACAAGAGUGCCUGGUAGGCUGAGGCCAUUUUCUUUCUAUUCUUCCUGUCCCCAAAGUUGGUACUGUGGCAAUAGUCGAGUUUUUAAAUUCACCGAAAACCUAUUAGGCAUUUUCAUAACACUGAAAAAACUUCCGGGGGGGGGGGGGGACAAACCUGCAUUACUGCCUUGACAAAUUCCUGGCAGCUUGGAAACACACAGUUAAAUUGUUCUCUCAGUUCGUCUUACAGAAUGGCAAUUUUCAUGACAAUCUUCAAUCACGGCUAAUUUCUGGGAGCUCUGAAAAUUAUUUCAGAGAGAGGCACCCUCAAAGUACUUUAUAUGGAUUGAAGCCAUAUUUUCCAAUCUUUUAGCAUGUAAUAGAAGCUUUUUGGAACUGACCUGCUAGAAAAAGAAUUUGUGUUCCUAAACUGAAAUCCUGUCUGCCUUGAUUAGAAAUAAAUUGCAUUUUUAAAAAAAUAAGUCAUUGCAUAACUCUUAUUUUGGUUUCCCCCCAAAAAACUAUUAUUUCAUUUACCAGAAUGACUUCAAUGUUUUUCUCCCUUACCUGAGUUUUUACUGCAUGGCAUAUUUUGAGCUCUAAGAGUUCUUUUUGUAGACAUCAUGAGACCAGCUAGCUGGAUACAUUUCUCUGGAUGAUAUAAUUUGAUAGGAGUGCAGCAUUAGUACCUUUUCAGAUUAUAUUUAAUAAGGCAACAGAUCCUCAUUGCAUUAUGCAUUUUUCAGAUGCCUGUCUUAAAAGCUGAGAAAUGAGUUAGAGAAGUUCUGCUGUCAUAUUGUUUUCUGUGGUGAAAAGCACAUGUAAAACAUAACACACCUCACAAGGAAAAAAAACUCAUCCGAGUUACUGUUGAUCUUCAAAUGCUGCUAUAUAUUCCACAAGAUUACGUGCAUGUUGUGAGCUCUUUUUUAUUGUUGUGGAUGGGAAAGCACGAAGAAAUUUUCUAUAUAUAUAGUGCUUUGUCUUCGAUAUUUGAUUUCUCUCAGGGUGGCCAGUAUUUUUAGACUUUUGUAUCCUGCUUAAGAGCUGGGUUUCAGUUGUGUUUUAUUUAGAACCAGAAACUUCUUUCUUUUGUCUCUGGCAGUAGCAAACAGUGUUUUAAUGUCUUGAUGCAGAAAAAGUUAAAACAUGUGGCUUCUUUAAAAUAAGUUUUUAAGGAAAUGAGGUAUCGUGAAUCCAUUAAAAUUAUUGUGCGAAACAGGCAGUUAUAGUAACCUUGUGCAGAUGUAGUGCCUGCUGUCUGGUCUCACUUAAAACAAAAUGUCCAAUAUUUAUUGCAAAAGCUAUGGGGAGAAAUCAUAUGUGGUGCGAUGGGAAUUAGUGGUAAGGCAGAACUAAAUUAAUAUAAAGACCACUCCAAGCUUCAAAUAAAAUACCCAUUCUGUGUAAAAACAAUUCCUGUUAAACUUGAAAAUAAAUAUGGUUUACCAUGAAAAACAAGUAAUUUAAAGCAGAUUAAAGAUGUCUUCCCUUUUUGAGGUGGGGGGAAAGGGUGCUUUUUUAAUUGCAAACGGCAACGUCUAUAUGUGUUUUGAUAUACCAUUGUUUGAACUUCCAUCUUUAGCUGGUAACCUGUCAAAUACCUUUUUAUAAUUAGGCUGUUCAGUAGGUUCAUGAAAGAGGUUUCUGGAAAGAAGCAUUCAAACUAAUGUUAUCCUCUGGGGGGAGUGGGAGAAUAUUGUAUAUCAAUGUUUGGUUGACUGUGUAACGCUCAACGUAUAAGAUCUUUCACUGUCUAGAUUUUAUUUUUUCUCUUUACUGAAGAUAAACAUUCACCAAAAAGCUAACGUUCUGGGAUAGGUAGGAAAAUUAUGCCAUGAAAACUUGCUCUUGAGAUUUUAGGCCAGUUGACAAACUUGCCUAAGCAAUAUUCUAAAAUUUAGCAGCACUAAUUGUUUGGCUUGUUUGUUAUCACCAUUUUUAUGCUCUGUAUAAGUUCUGUAUUAAAUUAUUCUAAAAACUAAUACAUCCAAAAUAAAAACGUGCAAAUAAAAUAUAGUUUUGGUGACUGUUGUUCUUCAUAAAGUUCAGUGUUAGCCAUCUUCCCAUGUUCUCCAAAAUUUUAUGCCUGUACAUCAGGAAUGUCAAAAAGAAUAUUACCAAGUGUCUUUUUUGUGUGUGGCUUUAGUAUGGCUUCAUUUUAAUAUUGUACAUACAUUGUACUUUGUUUUAUUGUAAUGAGUAAUAAAAAUGUAGACUUCAUAUUUUGUACAGAAUGGUCCUAUGUACAGAAUAAAAAGUUCCUAGAAACAGCAAAAAAAAAAAUUAUAGGUAAGUGGCACAAUUUUUCUUUAUACUAUAUCUGUAUCUUUAUGCUUUAGUUGAAUGCUAUGUUCAAAUGUACCAACCUAUUUUUUAAUAUUUUAUAAUUCAG